AUUGCACUUCAAGACAUUGUUUCACUUUUAAGCCCUUCCCACACAUGACAAAUCAGUCAUCACAAAACAUUAAGUACUCAUAUUCUAUUUGUAUGCCAUCCUAAGCUCUAUUAUCAUUAUUUAUCAUACUCAAUAUAUCCCGCUCAAAAAACCAUUGUAAGCUGUAUUAUCAUCAUCAUCAUCUUCACUAUAUCCCGCUCAUAGAACCAUCUUAAGCUGUAUAAUUAUCGACAUCAUCAUCAUACUCACUAUAUCCCGUUUAUAGAAUCAUCUCAAGGUCUAUCAUCAUCAUCAUCCUCAGUUCAUUCUGCUCACAGAUUCAUCUUUAAGCUGUAUUAUCAUCAUCCUCAUACUCAGUAUAUCCCGCUCAUGGAACCAUCUUAAGCUGUAUUAUGAUCAUCAUCAUCAUACUCAAUAUAUCCCGCAUAUAGAACCAUCUUAAGUAUCAUCAUCAUCACCAUACUCAGUAUAUUCCGCUCAUAGAACCAUCUUAAGCUGUAUUAUCAUCAACAUCAUACUUUGUACAUCUCGCUCAUAUCAGUAGUUGACAAUGCAGCUUCAUAUUUCGCCGAGUUUAAGGCAUGUAACAGUUUUUCCUGGCAAAGGAGUAAGAGAAUUCAUCAAAGUAAAAGCAGGUUCAAGGAGGUUUUCUUAUAGGAUGGUGUUGUAUUCUCUUUUAUUCUUCACUUUUUUGCUGCGUUUUGUGUUUGUUUUGACUGCUGUGGAUACAAUUGAUGGCCAAAGAAGAUGUUCUUCAUUAGGUUGCUUGGGGAAAAGACUUGCACCAAGGAUUCUAGGAAGAACAUCUACUUCAAGUGAUGUGCCAGAAGAGUUAUAUGAAGUAUUUGAAGAACCAAGUGGUUAUAUAGAUGAGAAAAAUCCAGGACCAGAUAUCCCUCUAUCACUAGAAGAGUUUAUGAAUGAAAUGAGGGACACUAAACCAAAUGCUAGAACAUUUGGUCUUAAGCUUAAAUCAAUGGUAAACUAUCUUGAACAAAGGACGCGAACAGCCAAGAUUCAAGAAUACUUAUACCGGCAUGUAGCAUCUAGCAGCAUCCCGAAACAACUCCAUUGCCUAGCAUUAAGGCUAGCCAAUGAGCACAGCAUGAAUUCAGCAGCGCGCCUUCAACUUCCAAACCCUGAGCAAGUCCCUUAUCUAGUUGACAACUCAUUCUUUCAUUUCGUUUUAGCCUCCGACAAUGUAUUAGCUGCCUCGGUUGUUGCAAACUCUCUCGUCCAUAACUCCAUACAUCCCGAGAAGGUUGUUUUGCACAUAAUCACCGAUAAGAAAACCUUUGCGCCUAUGCAAGCGUGGUUUUCGUUACACCCUUUGACGCCUGCGGUGAUUGAAGUUAAGGCAUUGCACCAAUUUGAUUGGAUUAGUAAAGGGAAAGUGCCUGUUUUGGAAGCUAUGGAGAAGGAUCACAAGGCUAGGUCUCAAUUUAGAGGUGGGUCUCAAGCUAUUGUAGCUAGUGAUACUGAAAAACCUCAUAUUAUUGCUGCUAAGCUUCAAGCUAUGAGCCCUAAGUAUAACUCCAUCAUGAAUCAUAUAAGAAUACAUCUUCCUGAGUUGUUUCCAAGCCUCAAUAAGGUGGUGUUCCUCGAUGAUGAUAUCGUGAUACAAACAGAUCUGACACCCUUAUGGGACAUUGAUAUGAAGGGAAAGGUUAAUGGUGCAGUACAAACAUGCAAUGGAGAUGAUAAGUUUGUGAUGUCAAAGAGACUUAAAAACUAUUUGAACUUUUCUCAUCCAUUGAUAGCAAAUAAUUUUCAUCCAGAUGAAUGUGCUUGGGCUUAUGGCAUGAACAUCUUUGAUUUAGAGGCUUGGAGAAAGUCUAACAUUACUCAUUCCUACUAUCAAUGGCUCCAACUGAACUUGAACUCAGACCUAAGUCUAUGGCAGCUCGGAACUCUACCACCCGGACUAAUAGCAUUCCACGAUCACGUUCAUGUCAUAGAUCCCUUCUGGCAUAUGUUAGGUCUUGGAUACCAAGAAAAUACAGGCCUUGCAGAUGCUAAAAAUGCCGGUGUCAUCCAUUUUAAUGGAAGGGCAAAGCCUUGGCUUGAUAUAGCCUUUCCCCAGUUAAGGCCAUUAUGGGCUAAGUACAUUAAUUUCUCUGAUAAAUUUAUCAAAGGUUGUCAUAUAAGAGAAACUUGAGGAUUCAUUCUGCUGGAAAAUGAGGACACUUUUGUACAUGAGCUAAGGGCACUCAAAAUUUUCUCGAAAAUUCGAGGGUGCACUGAGGAGGAAAACUCAAAGAUCUGGAGGCAGGCCAAGGAAGAAAUUUUAGUUUUACACUUUUAGAUAAGCCUCCUAAAGAUUGUAUAGGAGAUUUCUUGAUUUUGUGUAUACUCUCUUCCUAUAUUCUUUCAGUUCAUAAUAUAAUAAUUUUGAUGCAUGAUUCAGUGUAAAAUCAUAGAUCAUCUUCAUUGUCAUCAUAAAUCUUGCUUAUAACAAUCAUGAUUAGACUCCUGGAAGUGUUGAAUGACUGUUAAAAAUGAAAUGAAAGUGAUUCUCUAAUUGUAAGAAAAGAUGUGAGAGAAGGUAGAAAACAGGAGUUAUACACAAGUAAUUAUUAAGUAAGCACAAAAAGAUCAAAGCUUUGCAAGUACAAAACAAAAGCAUCAAAGUUUA